AUGUCAUUUCAAUCAAUUUUAACAAAAAAAAUUUGGAGAUCUCAACGAUUAUUUGCAAAACUAUGUCUUGAUUGUCUUUCAAAGCGUAGUAGUAGUAGUGGUGGUGGUGGUGGUAGAAGUAGUAUUAGUAGUAGUAAGCCCCUCAUAGUUCAAAUAUCCCGCAAUAUGGUAACAAAGAAAACAGAAAUACCAACAGGAUAUUCACCAUUACAAACGAAUAUGAUACAAACUCCUGUUCUUCAUACCAAACCAUUAGACAAUUUUAGACGUGAAUUAUACCAAUCAUUAAAAUCAUCCGACCCUACUUUAUUGCCUUAUUCCUCACAUGUGAAAAAAACAAUUCUUCGACGCCAAUUGAGAAAACGAUUAUUAGAAAAUUAUCAAAUUAUAAAAAAGCAAAGCCAUUUAGUUCGUCAAUUAACACAACAGGAUAUGGAUCGCUUUAUUGCUCAUUUUACCGAUGAUGCUCAUCCUGACGAUCCAUUAACCUAUAACACGCUUCGACAUGCCUUUUAUAUUCUAGCAGAUCUCAAAAGCGAUAGUUUAUCUAGUUUGACAAAAUUUCGUUUAGAAGAUGCAGAAAAGAUGAUUUAUUUGGCUUCAGAAUUAGGUUGGGACGAAGAGGCAGAAAAGUUAUUAACAGAAGCUGAACAUAAAUGGAGUAUGAGUAUGGCUGCAUAUGACUCGGUUUUCAGAGUACUUUCCAAAAAAAGGAGGCAAGAUAGAAUUGAUUUUUGGUUAUCUCAUUUAAAAUCAUUAGAAAAGACACUGACAAGAGACAGUGUGCGGUCAGUUAUAAUGUGUAUGAUGUUCAAUCAUCAAUUGCAAGCAGCAGCAGAGUUUUUGAAAAUCAAUCACCCUAGUCAGGAGUUAACGCAGCUUAUAGAUCAACAUGAAUCAAAUAGUCACGAAUUAUUAGAUAAAGUGUUCGACUUGUUUGCUCUAGAUUGUUUGGAACAAGGUCGGUUAAAUGAAAUGCGAUUGAUUUAUAUGCAAAAGAGGCAGUUGGAUAUGAGUACUAGGAUGAUUGUAAAGCACUUGGUUACAAAAUGUAUAUAUACUGGCAAAUCAUAUAUAGCAGAGAAUUUAUUAACAGACACGUUGUUUAUGAAGGACAUAUCAAAUGCUCAAUUUUGUGCUAGAAAAUUGAUACACUGGAAUGUAGCAAAUACAAACAUUGAAAAUGCGAUUCAUAUUUGGGAAAAGAUGGAAGAAAAUAAAGUUGAUUUACCAUUAGAUGUUAUACAAUCCUUAAUUGUAGCUGCAGCAAAGAAGAGACACCAUGUUGAUACCAUGCGAUUAUAUAAAAAAUGUCAAGAAUUAUACCCAGGAGGUAUGAGCUCCGAGACACGUGUUUACGUUUUCCGUUCUAUCGUUCUCUCUCGACAAUAUAAUUUAGCCCUCGAGCUGUCAUCUGAAAUUGAAUCCAUUCUACCUUAUUUAGAUCCUAAUACUGCCAGAUUAGCAGUACGUACUUUAUUUAGACUAUGUUCACAUACAGGAGAGCUUGAAUUAUUUGAAAGGGUCUUUCGUUAUAGUGAAACACUCGGUCUAUCCCUUACACAUCGAGGUUUAACUUCACUCAUUUCCUGUUAUAUCUCUCGUGGUGAUAUCGAUUCGGCAAAGGCUGCCUUUCAAUCAGUUGCCACCCAUACAACUGGACCUGACGUGGUUGAUUUUAAUCUAUUACUACGUAUCGUAGCUAUGGAAGAUAAUCCUGUCAAUCCUGAUAAAGUAUAUGACAUCUUGGAUCAUAUGAAGCUUGUCAAUGUGGCGCCUGAUGAAACUACAUUACGUACUAUGCUUGCAUUUUAUAGCCCUGAAAGUGAUAUGCACAAAAGCAUCUAUGAUAGUCUACUAACGGAAGCCAAUGGUUCUCGAUUUGAUCAAGUCUUUCUAAACAAUAUUGCGUUAAUGAACCUACUGAAACGUAAUCAUGUUGGUUAUGUAACAAAUAUCUUAUUACGCAAUAAUCGGGGAAAUUUGUUUCCAAGUGAACAGAAUAAACCGAUCGUAUGUAAUGAUUUAACGUUUAAAAUUUUGUUGGAUGUAGCUACAAAGGAUCCAAAGUAUGCGAAUAUUGCUGAGAAGUUAUUCAAAUCCAUGCGAACACGUGGUUUUAAACCACCUAAAGAAGUAUACGAAAAUUUAAUUUAUGUUGUAUCAAUGAAAGGGAGAAUAAGUAAAGCACGUCAAUAUAUCACUCAAAUGGAAAAUGAGACGGGGAUAAAAGCAGAUGAAAGGACUUAUAUGAAACUUGUGAAUGGAUUAUUAAGAUUGAAUAAACCUGAUUUAGCCAAGGAUAUUAUUAUGCAAGAUAUGGUAUCUAACGAUAUCCCAUUUAGUGAGGCUGUACUACACAAAUUAAAAUAUAUAGAAUCUAUAAUUACGUCUAAAAAUAAUGAAUAA